CCGUAUUCCCUAUUCACUAAAACCACAGGAACGCUCUGAACGUUGUGAAAAAUGACCUAAUCAGCAAACUUGAUACCGUUUCUGGCGAAAAAAUGAUGCUAGAGAAAGAAGUGGAAUAUCUGCGUUUGAAUCGCGACCAGACCAAAGCUGAAGCGAAUCGUUUGGCGCGGCAGAUCAACACGUAUCAGAAGCAACUCAGUCACUUACACACUCGUCUAAAACAGUAUGAAGACGUGGAAGAUCUGCUACCUUUGGAAGUUGUCAGUGACCUGAUGACAUCUCAAUCAAAUCUACAGCACGCAGCAUCCUGUCUAACUUUGACAUCACCGAAGAGUGAAAACCAUAGCCUGAUUUCACCUUUGGAACGGCAAGCUGCAGCUCUGCCAGGUUCAUUGGACUGCGUUGCGUUCAAUCGUGUAUCUGCCGGGGCGCGUCCAGACGACGUUAAAGGUAAUCAGAAACCUGAAGGAUUCCGCAUGGACUAUACGGGCGGAUCCCUUGCUUCCAUACAAGAGGGUAUGCAAAAUGCCAAAUUGGGUGAGGCUUGCUUCACCAAACGGGAGAUGGCUCGGGUUAUUGCCGAACGGAACCAAUAUAAGGAGAGUUUGCUUGAACUACAAGAUGCAAUCCGUUGUAUGGAACAAAUGCGUGCUGACCGCGAGGCUGGAAUAGAUGCUUCAAGCACUUCCCGCUCAUCAGCCCACUAUUUUCCCGGUCGGUCUACUCGAAGAGUGGGGUUCGCACGUCAGUUAAUUUCUGCUCUUCAGUCUGCCGCAGAUGAAUUUGCUUCUGGACUAUAUGGUAUAUUCUCCGAAUGGGAACCGAUGUUUUCCCCCACUCUCGCACCCGAAGUUCAGGAUGUCGGUUUCGCUCGUCCAAACUUCUGGCAUGGGGACGAGGAAUCCGCAACUCCUCACGCAGAGAACUCUGAUGAAUUACGGCGCAUGUUUGGUCGUUUGAUUGGUCACGCUGCCGGUCAGAGCACGGAGGCUGUAUUCGGAACAGGGAAUGAUUUCGCAGCUGCCGUAACCUCUCAGACGAUUUCUGAUGCCAUUCCUCACCUUUUAGAGAGACGGAAUAUGGGUUUACACAACCCCGAGCCUGCUCAGCGAACAGUCGAAUCAUCAACAUCUUUUAACCCUACACCAUCAACUAGUUCACCACCAACAGAUGAAUAGCCGAAACCGCCCGUAAUUGCAUGCUCCGAUAGCGUUUGAUCGUUAUAUUGAUAUCCAUACUCAGGCUGUGAUAUACGCCGUCUUUUUUCAGCGCCUUUUUUCCACCCUUUCAUCUGGAAUUUCUUGUGUUCCUAUUUUCAACCUACUUGCUGAUGGUCAUGGAAUUUUACUACCACUUUUUACAUUUCUUACUUCUAGCAACAGGUACUAAUCAGCGUUCAUUUUUAUACACAUCUCCAAACAUCCUCUCCAUGUCUUUCGUUACCAUACUGUGCCUAGUUUGACUUUCAGUAUUUGUUAUCUCAGCAUGUAUCACAUUCAUAUACUUUAUUCUGCUACUCCGCAUCACAUUGAAUCUGUCUUCUUCUUCCGUUUUCUUUUACUCUAUGGGUUACUGGACCGUUUGAAAACAUAAGUUAUCAGGAAAACUUGACGCCAAGUCUCUAUUCAAUGCUCUUUGGUUGUACUAUUCCGUCGUAAAUUAUACCAGGUGUUUCUGCAUUCAUUUGACAUCAAC